UUAACUGGAGCGUGCAGUACAGCCGCAAAACGGACAAGAUGGGGAAUUAUGGAUUAACUUUAGCUGCAUUUAUACAAAUCUUAUCGCAAUGAAGAAUGUGAAACGGAUUUUGUUGAUCAAGAUGUAGACCUGUGCUUUGGUAUUAUUCUUUUCUUUGAUUGUAAACAACAAGAGUUGCAAAGCCAUACGUCAUAUGGGCAUCUUUCCAUAAACAGCUGAUUUUUGUCUCUCUCUUCUCCACGAUUAAUAAUGGCUUCUUUGCAACGUGAACACAGCAUGGAAGUAGACCCACCCCCUGGCCCCUCCAAUAACCAGCCCCCCGCGUCAAGUGGCGGGUCUCUGAAACGGUCAAACAGCGCGCCUAUGAUCAAUGUUUUGGUCUCUCAACCAGAAAUUAGUCCUCCAACCAGCACUUUCAAGGUGUCGGAAUGUUCGAGGCUGCGCCGAUUUAGCUCCAGUUCUAUGUCUCUGAACCAAUGUGGACCAAGUACUCCAGUCAAAAUCCCAGACCGAGUUAAUAGACUGAAAGAUGAAGAAAUUCACAUCGUCGAGAAGGAGAAGGAACAUGAAAGAGACGUGAGUUCAGCCAUAAAGAUGUCAAGCUCCUGGCAGGAUUUCUCUCUGGAGGAUUCCCAUGAGGCCAUGCAGCCUGAUCCCCACCGACGCCCGCGGUCGUUCAGCGAGUCUCUCCACAUCAACGUGUUUCCCCAGCCCACCAUGCUCGUGGGCACCCCCUCUCCUACCAGGGUCGGAAACCGAAAAGUAGGUCGCGAAAUUAUGUAUUCAUAUUGUAAAAUUUAAACUUUGAAUUAAACU